GAGGCUGGUGAAGACCGCAGUGAGCUGUCUGGACUGGGUCAUAGCAUUGACUGAUGCCCAUCUCCCAGGGGCUUCUGUUAUAAUUGCUGAUCACGGCUCAUGCAUGUCAUCAUUUGCACUCCUCGCACACCCAGUGAGGUCUGAGAUUUUACUGCACUUCAUUAAAUUCUGCAAAAUGUUUUAACCACCCGGAGCCCUGACCGUUCUGGCCUCCUGCAGGGAAAGGCCUGGCUUUUCCUUUUCGGGUGGGAGUAGGCGGGUGAGCCUGCCUUCUGCAGGCUCACAGAAGGAGCAGGGGUGCGUAAGACAUCUGGAAUGCAUCAAAGGCAAGCCCAGCCGGAGCCUGUGGCUCAGUACCGCUCCUUAACUCCUUUGAGAGCACAGCCGCGGCGUUCACAACAGUGUCUUGAGUUGGAACUGAUUUUCCUCCAUCCUCUUUCUGCUUUCCUUUCAGAACUCUCGCCCGGCCGCAGCUGUCUACACGGGACGCCUCACGUUUGCAUGAAGCCAUCCCUGAGAGUUGGGCUGCUGGUUUUGUUUUGUUAGUGUGGUUCUAGGGAUCCUGUUCGGUGUGGCUAAGGGGGUUUUGUUGUUGCAGCUGCUGCGGCUCUUUAUUUUCUUUCUUUGAACCGGGCCUUGCUCUGCUCCCGCUGGCAUGAUGGCCCAGUCCAAGGCCAACGGCUCGCACUAUGCACUGACCGCCAUCGGCUUGGGGAUGCUGGUCCUCGGGGUCAUCAUGGCCAUGUGGAACCUGGUACCCGGGUUCAGUGCUGCUGAGAAGCCGACCGCUCAGGGGAACAAUAAGACGGAGAUAGGCAGCGGCAUUCUCAAGAGCAAGACCUUCUCCGUGGCCUACGUGCUGGUGGGGGCCGGAGUGAUGCUUCUGCUGCUGUCCAUCUGCCUGAGCAUCCGCGACAAGAGGAAGCAGCGGCAAGGCGAGGAGAUGGCACACAUCCAGCACCCGCCUGGGGCUGAGCCGCAUGCCCAGGAGGAAGACAGCCAGGAGGACGAGGAGGAGGCCUCCUCGAGGUACUAUGUCCCCAGUUACGAGGAAGUGAUGAACACAAACUUCUCGGAUGCAAGGGAACCAGACCGGAGCCCACGGAUGAGCAUCUCUCUCCCCUCCUAUGAGUCCUUGACGGGGCUUGACGAGACGAGCCCCACGACAACCAGGGCCGACGUGGAGAGGAGCCCGGGGAACCUGCCCGACAGGCAGAACUCCAAGUUGGCCAAACGCAUGAAGCCGCUGAAAGUUCGAAGGAUUAAAUCCGAAAAACUUCACCUCAAAGACUUUAGGAUCAACCUCCCGGACAAAAACAUCCCUCCCCUCUCCAUCGAGCCUUUAACUCCCCCACCACAGUACGACGAAGUCCACGACAAGGCCCCCACUACCCGGCCACCCGACUGACGGCCCCUGUCUGGCGUGUUCCCUCUUGUCACUCACCCUCCAUACCAACAGACCCCAAUGAAACCACUCCAGCCGCAGUUGAGAAGCGAGUGGCCAGAUGUGUACUUAGCAACUCGGAUAGGAGGUCAGGGG